AACCUUUCUCGCUCUCUUCUUCUGAAACUCAGAAGAGAGAGAAAGAAGUAGAAGAAGACGAGCUUUGGAAAGAGAAAGGAUCUUCACCUUCUUGUUCCAUAUACAGGAGUUUAUGUACGGUGAUCUCUGCUAAUUACAGUGUUUGAGUUCAUGAUUUGCUUGACUAGGCGGUGGAUUUUGUGGUCAUGCUAGGGUUUCAUCGUGGUCUCUGAUUAUACUUACUGGAACCAGGUGGAAAUAGUGAAUGAUAUAGGCUAUUAUAGUGCGUUCAGGACUGCUUUGGAAACUAUCAGAAGUGACUUUGAUUAUGUCAAAAGUGUUUUUGUGGAGCUAUCUCUGCUCUGUAUUUCAAAUUGAAUUUGAAGUAUUCUUCUCAAAUCUAGAUCCAAUGCCUGCCUUAAAAAUGAAGGUUAAAUCCAGCACUUCUGUAAAAGAAGUAAGUUGUCUCUAUGUUGCUCAGAAGUCGAGUAAAAUAUCCAAGACUUCAGGUUCUCUAGUCCGAUUGCUUCAUGAAACGGCAGAAUUGGAUACAUCAAUUCAAAAUUGUGAAAAUGGUUCUAGCAAAGUUGAAUUCUCUGUCAUGGAAGAUGGAAGUAAUAAAGUUAUUCCGAAAAUGUAUCAUGAUGAAGAAUAUCCUUGCCAAAAACGUUUUUCAUGUGCUGAAGAUCCUAUUUCCCUUAAAAGAAUGGAUUUUCCACUUUUCACAUGUUCUAUAAAUUCGGAAGCAAUGUUCUCUCCUCUUAUCAAUGGCAGUGGCAUUCAUCUCAAAUCAAGUGCUCAGGAUAAUGAAGGAUGUGAAGAUGGUACUACUGUUCCAGAAAUGACAGCUGGUGACUAUGAUAGUUGGAGUAGUUUGUCAUCCAGUUGUCAAACUUCUAAUGCUUCAGAUUCCCAUAUCUCUGACAUGAGUGUUCCUGUAUCCAUUGAAGGGAUUGGUGAAUUUGAUGAUAUUCUAACUGAUUACCUAUUGACUGAGCCAGAUUAUGCUGGGCAAAAUCUGAUGCUUGAUAUGACGGAGGAAUGUAUGAAUUUGCCUGCCCUUGAGGAGGAACCAGUAGAGAAAAAGAAUAUUCAUUUUCAUGGAUCCUGUGAAGAGCUUUCAGAGCCCUCCGAAUAUUCAUGGUUCCAUCCAGUGAGCCAGCAGAUAAGACCCAAUGAUCAUGAACUUGAUGUGAACUCUAACUCUGUCGAUUUAAAUGAAGCAGAUUUUGAUCCACAAUUGUUCAUUAGAAAUUUUCUGGACUUCUCCGACAUGGAAGCUGACCUUUUGCCAGUAUUGGUGCCCAAGGAGACCAGCAAAAGGAAGCAUGUAACCUUAGUUCUUGAUCUGGAUGAAACACUUGUCCACUCCACCAUGGAGCCCUGUGAUAGUGCAGACUUCACCUUUCAAAUUUCCUUUGACAUGAAAGACCACACUGUAUAUGUAAGACAAAGACCCUUCCUCCGGACAUUUUUGGAGAGAGUAGCUGAGAUGUUUGAAGUCGUCAUUUUUACAGCCAGCCAAAGCAUUUAUGCUGAGCAGCUGCUGGAUCUACUAGAUCCUGACAAAAAGUAUAUUGCUCGACGUCUUUUUAGAGAAUCAUGCAUAUUUUCUGAUGGUAGCUACACCAAGGAUCUGACAGUUGUAGGAGUUGACCUGUCAAAAAUAGCUAUAAUUGACAAUUCCCCACAGGUUUUUCGUUUGCAAGUAAACAACGGUAUUCCUAUAGAAAGUUGGUUCGACGAUCCAUCAGACACUGCUCUAGUUUCAUUAAUUCCCUUUUUAGAGACUUUGGCCAAUGUGGAUGAUGUUCGUCCCAUCAUAGCAAAAAAAAUUGGUAUGAAGGAAUAGCUUUUUCCAUUCGAUCCUCCAAUAACUGAAAACAGGGACCAUUGAUCUUCCAUCUCUGUGGAAAUGACCACAAACUUGGAUUUUCCCAUUCAUGUGGUGAAUUUUUCCCGCUGCCAGAGCCAAAGUUGUUAAUUAUAGUAACUGUACAGCUAGUGUUGCAGAUUCAGUUAAAAUAGCUCUUCCACAUCGUAGUUGUUUCUUCAUAGAUAAAUAUAAAGUCAAAAGGUAUAGUUACUGUUAGAGCAGAGAGUGUAUUUCUUUUCGAAAGACGGAUUAUGUGCGGUCAAGUUAGAAUAUUUGUAAAUAUUCAAUUUUACAGUGAAGUAAAAUCAUUUUGUGUUUUCUUUUA